GGCUCGUAUCAGGAGGCUCAUGUUCUGUAUAUAUGGGUUGAUUUGACAACACAAUAAGGCUCCAGAACUUGGGGUUUUUAGCGAUCGAAUAGCAUCAUGUCUGAUCACGGUAAACAGGGAUGGACAAGUACUGUAAAGCAGUCUAACCCUUGGAAAACCAAUUUCCUCAUCGUGAACAUGACUGUUUGCUGCAACAGGAUCAGUGGAAUUGCGUCUGGUGGAGGAAGGACGUCCUCAAGCAUGGAGGCUAUACUAAAGCUAGUUGCCGUCAUCGCUGUGGUAGUGAUUGGUGUUCAAACAGUCAGAGUAUCAGGUGAAGUAUGUCCUCAUGUGACCAUAACAUGUCCCUUAACCACUCUGGAGAGCGGUGAGACUGUACAGUUCAUCCCGAAACUCAUGCAACCCGGUCAAGAGGUGUUAAUAUCUGGCCUCCCAGCAAUCCUCGUGAUUCCUGAUAGUGUACGGCGUUAUUAUUGCACAGAACCAGCAUGCCGCUCAAACCCUUGUCUUCAUGGAGGCACUUGCAAGGAGACGGACGCAGGAUUUACUUGUCUCUGUUUAGAUGGCUACCGUGGUGAAAGAUGUGCAGAAGAUGUAACCAUCUACUCGCUUAAGCUUCUUGGUGAAAAGAUCAAUGAAGGAACACUUUCUUUAGCGUUCCGCUCCAGUCCUAACACGUACGUGCUGGUACAUCAAGAUCAUUGGAACAGGAACCUAUCCCAAUUGGCAUGUCAGUAUCUAGGGUUUGAAGGAGUACUUGCGACGUUGAGCAGUUCACUUUACGAGUCCUCGUCCGUCGAUGCUCCAGCUGAAGCCGAAUCAGUGAUCUGCCCUCCUAAUGCCACAAACAUCACAGACUGCUGGUACAGUGAGACUAGAGUGGGACGGAUAAACGAGAGUGAAAUUAUUUCCAUUGUGUGUUGCUCCGUAAACCCGUGUAAUAUAUCUGGUCAACCACUCGGCCUUGAAAGUGGUGCUCUUCCCGAUUCGGCUCUCUCAUCAUCAUCCUGCAUGUCGCCGCUCUAUUGCAGCCGUUUUGGCCGCCUGAACUCUGACAAGGGCUGGCUCGCACUCAAUACCGACCCAAACCCAUGGAUACAGGUCCAUUUUGAGUCUAGUUAUAUCGUAACGGCCAUAACGACUCAGGGUAUAACUAACAGUAUUAAACGGUUGACGUCAUACACCUUUUCGUCGAGUUUGGACGACAUGACUUGGACUGAUUAUUUAAACGUAUACUCUGGAUCUGAUUCAGUUAAGAGAUUUCCGGGAAAUUAUGACAGUGAAAGCCAUGUGACUCACACGCUUGCUAGGCCGGUAGUUGGACGCUCUUUCCGGAUCUAUCAAACAGUAUCGAAAAAUUAUGGUUUUAUUGCUUUGAGGAUGGAACUAUAUGGGUAUGGACCUCUAACUGAUGUCAUAGCGUCGCUGAACCUCGAUGCGGAAUUUGGUUGCAAUCCUCCCGUCCUCGGCGAGGGGCUUGGCGUGGAAGAUGGUCGUAUACCAGACUCUAGUCUGACCUCGUCAUCGGUUUAUCAAACCGGGUAUGAAGCCUACAGAGGAAGGCUGAAUAACGUUACCGGUACAUGGGUGGCCAGUAAUAAUGACAACAAUAUAUGGUUUAAGGUCGAUCUCGGCGAGGAUACUUCGGUAACUGGUGUUAUCACACAGGGAUUGCCCAAAUAUAGAAGCAGGGUUACGUCAUUCCAAAUCUCCUUCUCAAGAGACGAUACAAAUUGGACCUUUGCUCUGGAAGAGCAUUGCGGGGUACGCAAAACAUAUGCAGGCAAUUUUGAUUCUGACACACAUGUGACCAUACUGUUUCCUGAGCCAGUAACCGCACGGUACGUCAUGUUUCAUCCUGUAACAACUGAUGGUCCUGCGGCUUUGAGAGUCGAAGUACUUGGUAUUAAAACUUGAACCAUAACGAGUAAUCAUUAAAUUGAUUUAUUGUGUUAUUAAAUCUUUUUUAUUCAUUUAACGAGUUAUCAUUUAACUGAUUUAUUGUUUUAUUAAAUCUU